UGGAGGCACUUCCCAAGCGCUCCGCAUCAACAUGGCGGGCGUCUCAGGCCGGGUGACGCUCGGUCGCGGUUUUCGGUUAUAGCGGGCGGGUGCCGGUUCCUUUUCAGUAAAUUCUUCCCUUUCCGCCAGGGUGGAGCCAACAGGGGAGGCAAAGGGGAAAGGUGAGAGGUGACAUCGGCGGGCCAGUGGACAGACCAGCUCAGGGAAGAAGAUGGCAGAGAGCGGUCGGCAGCCGCCUUCAGACUCUUUGGAGGAGACUUCUCCUACUACUCAUAACUUCAUGAUUCCAAAGAAGGAGAUAAAUACAGUUCCUGACAUGGGCAAGUGGAAACGGUCUCAGGCAUAUGCAGAUUACAUUGGUUUCAUCCUCACCUUAAAUGAAGGAGUUAAGGGCAAGAAAUUGACCUGUGAAUAUAAAGUUUCUGAGCCCAUUAAUAAGCUUGUCGCUCUUCUCAACACAUUGGACAGAUGGAUUGAUGAGACCCCUCCCAUGGAUCAGCCCUCCAGAUUUGGGAACAAAGCUUUCAGGACUUGGUAUGCCAAACUUGACCAGGAAGCAGAAAACCUAGUGGCUACAGUGGUUCCUAGUCAGAUGGCAGCUGCUGUGCCUGAGGUUGCCCUUUACCUAAAGGAAUCAGUGGGAAACCCUACCCGAAUUGAUUAUGGCACAGGUCAUGAAGCAGCUUUUGCUGCCUUCCUUUGCUGCCUCUGCAAGAUUGGGGUCCUCAGGGUAGAUGACCAAAUAGCCAUUGUCUUCAAAGUGUUUAAUCGGUACCUUGAAGUUAUGAGGAAACUUCAGAAAACCUACAGGAUGGAGCCGGCUGGGAGUCAAGGAGUAUGGGGUCUGGAUGACUUCCAGUUUUUGCCCUUCAUCUGGGGCAGUUCUCAGCUUAUAGAACACCCAAACCUGGAGCCUAGGCACUUUGUGGAUGAGAAAGCAGUGAAUGAGAAUCACAAGGACUACAUGUUCCUGGAAUGCAUCUUAUUUAUUACUGAGUUACUGACAGAGGAACCAUUUACAAAAGGCCGAUUCUCUUGGGAGCAGAGAGGCAGGAACGCAGCGUCUAUGAAGACCGGCCCCUUUGCUGAGCACUCCAACCAGCUGUGGAAUAUCAGUGCUGUACCUUCCUGGUCCAAAGUGAACCAGGGCCUCAUCCGCAUGUAUAAAGCUGAGUGUCUGGAGAAGUUUCCUGUGAUCCAGCACUUUAAGUUUGGUAGCCUGCUGCCCAUCCAACCUGUUACAUCAUCAUAGAAGAGGUGGGGGAACAACCACUGCUACCCUGGAGGUCACCAGCUCCCUCACCCUGCUCCCUUCACUUUUCUAAUACCACAUCCCUGCUGAUCUCUCUGGUCCUUGAGGCAAUUCUCCAGGAUACAUGAACACCCACAGUACAAGUGCUGAAGGACCCAGAAAGGGAAGAAUGACCAAAGUGUGGCCAGUCUCCUGCCUUUCCCUCAGAGGCAAGAUGAGGGUAUAUCUCUGGGGAAGCAGGAUCCUUAUGGCUACCUGACCCCCACCCCGCCUCUGUCCUUACCCCACUCAAAUUCCCAGUCCCACUUCACGUGCUAAAUCUGCUCUGUACCAUCAUUUGUGUGGGAGAUUGAUAUGUUUUAUUGUUUCCAUUAACUUUCUUCCUACUUCCUGUUGCCUUUCUGAAUGUUGAGUAGCAGUUGCUCCUAGUGAGGGUAGGAGACCAUAGACCAAUCCUCACCUCAGAGUACUCAUGGACUAGAGAAUGAGGGAGAUCAGGAGGAGAGAGAAGCCUUGGCUGUUUCCUGGCCAUUUUUUGUGAGUUUGCUCCCUCCUUCCCAAGCUCUUCUUUUACAAACUUAGUGUUGAUUUCAGGAGCUCAGUUUUCAUACUUGAUCUCCUGAGGCCUGAGAAGGAGGCCUUGAGCCAGGGACCAGUGAAAAUACAAAGCUAGAGGCAAUGCCAAUAUAUCCUGGCUGUGGUGAGGCAAAAAACAAUUACAAUCACACACAUUCUAGCUCUUUUUCUCUGUGGUGCUCAGGUCUGCAAUCCUCCCUGGGUAUAGCCAUAUUGCUUUACUUUUUUUUUUUUUUUGCUGCUGCUGUGAGAUUCUAGGAUAAUCCAGUUCCAUUCUGAACACUGGUAGUUGACCUCUGAGGGGGUACUAGGCUUUGGGGAGGUGAGGGGAAAGACCUCAUUAGAUUAGACCUCAAUAAAUGGUAAGUGAGAUACACUGGUGGGAUUUGGGACUGAUCUAGUGGAGAUCUUGGCUCCUGGAUUCCUUCAGUCAAAGGCAUCUUUAAGGUUAGACUAAUGCCAUCCUACUGCUUGCAGCACUGUGCUGGCUACAGGUAAACCACUGUAGAGCCACUGAACAAGAAGAACUUGUCAUCUCCAUUCCCUUUUUCCUCUGGAAAGCAAUUGUAUACCAUUGGAUUUCUCCCAAAUCCAAGGGCAUAAGACAGAGGAGGGUAACAAGACCUUCCUUUGGGAAAACUGGACUUAACACUAUUUAGAGCCAUUGUAGGGUUGAGGUAAGUGACUUGCUUGAGGGCCAAAUUACAGGACUCUAGCUCUUGGAUAUUUGGGUUCAAGAAUGGUGAACAGGGGUAGGAGUGAUGCUAUCAGCACUUAAGUUCCAAGUUUUCUUCAGCAAACAUUUAUUGAGCUCUUCCAGAGCUGUUAAUAAGAGCUGGGUUUUGCAGGUUUUCCCUAUAGAAGCCUCUUUUUCAUUAAGUGUUUAUUCCUCUGCUCUUGAUAUCAGGGUUGUUUUUUCUUUUUCCUUUUUUAAAAAAAAAAAAGUUUGAUUUAGCUGCCCAGGCCCAUCUCCUCAGCUUCUUUCACACAUCCCCAGGCAUGGGUAGCACUCCUUUUGGGGUAGGGGAACACCCUGACAAGCACAGUGCAUUGGAUUUCCUUUUUGGUCUUCUAUGGUCCCAUUGCCACCACUGUGGAUUUGAGCUAGAAUGUCAUCCCGGGCCACUAACCCAGAGCAAUCUAAGGGCUUGAGCUGGGAGAGAAGACUCAAGUUGUAUAAAGUUUUCCAAAUGUCUUCUACUAGGGCCCCUCAUGGAGUUAUGUAGACUGUCACCUUCCUGGCCUUUCGUGCAAGGCCUGCCCACUCUGUGCCAACACCACACUGUUUUGAGGCUGCUUCACCCUAUCCCUUGGUCUUUCAUUGCUGUUCUGAUUAAAAAUCUGUUUUGCACCUGGAGCUGAUGUGGAUGUCUGUCUUGUUGUAUACCUUACACCAUAUGCCUGCCCUCUUUCCUCUUGGAUAGAUCUAGGAUCCAUUUCCCCUUAUAGUUUCCUGGUCUUUAAGGUAGGUGACUUUGGAUUAGGCUGUUACAGCCAUCUCCUGAGCUAAGCCUAUUUUGAUUACCUGUGUAUUGCUACUGUUGGGAAAGGACCAUCCAUAAGUGCUUGUGACCUCUUGGUUGACCUUUGACAGGGCUGGAAUGAAGCUUGGGUCUGCACUGAAUAGUUUAGACAGCCUGGCUGGUCCUACUACUAAGUACAGCUGGUCUUUUAGAAAAGGCCAUAUUUUUAUAUCACGCCCAUCAGCUCUGACCCUUCAAGCCAAAUUUGGAGAGACUGGAUAAAAAUAUUUUCCUUGGUAGUUGCUACACUUGUACAACCUUCCUUUCUCAAAGCUUUUCUAUUUCUGUGGGUUUAGGCCCACUUAGACUAUAUCCCUUGGCUUUCUAGACUUUGAAUCAGUUGAACAGAGAACUUGAUGGAGACUCAGACUGCUAGAAACAGCUUGAAUCUCAUGAAAGUUAUUAAGGGAAUGAAAGUUCCAAUUCUGGGAGUCAACCAAGACCAUUCUAAAGAGUAUUAGGAAGUUAGGUGGUCCACUCAAGCACCAAUAGAUGUGAUUGAGUUAUUAACACAAUAGUUGGUUCCAGUAUUAAAAUGGUGAUUGAGGUUUAGAGCAGACUCCUGAGGACAUCCCAUUUUAUCUAUUUCUUUGGCUCAUAGUUGCAGGUCUGAAUCCCACCCAUCCCAGACUUGUUGGGGGCAGGGAAGGAGAUAUUGCUGAGGUUGGCAUAGAAGGAUGAGGUUCCCACUACUUUGUUCCAAGUUUGAACUUGGAACUGACUCUUUUCCUGAGUUUCCUGACUCUUCCCCUGAGUUAUUGUUUGGGGAAAAAAUGAGCAGCUAGAGAAUGGUGGGGCUAUUUAAUGAAAUUACAAGUUAGGUUAUCUUUUGAGGAAUGAACAUGAAUUUGGUUUUAGACAUAGGUUCAUAAAUUUAGAGUUGGAUGGGAUCUUGGAUGUUGACUGAGGUACCAGUGGGACAUUUAGGUGAGAUGUUAAUUGAAGAUAAUGACCUAAGGAGUGAACAUUUCUAUAUUUUCUUUUUCCAAGUCUGCUUUGUAUUUGAGGAAUUUCUCAAGAGGCUCAGGUCAAAGUCCCCAAUCACAGCCCAAGUUUUAAUACUUGCUAACAAUAUUUCAGGUCUAUCCAUUAGGAUCAAGGGAUAUAGGGAAAAUCUGCCCACCUUUAAGGUCUCCUAACCAUUGAUUUAUUGAGUUCUGUGGACUUUUAACUUCAUUCUCAUUCAUGAGGCUACACUUGGACUCCUGGAUCUUGGUGGUAUUGAGGGACCCCACAUGGGAGAUACCUCAGUCAUUUUGGGGACUGUUCUGUUGCUAGAGAGGACUUUGGCCUGAGCUUCUUGAGAAAUCCCUUAAACACAAAGUAGAGUUGGAAAAAGGAAAUACAGAAAUGUUCACUCCUUAGGACCAUCCCAACGUGGCUCUUUAAAAGUUGUGUUUUUAUAAAAUAGGGUUCCCUUGAUUGGCAAAGGAUUCUUUUCAGUCACUUUAAUAAACUUGUUUCCCUCAGAACUAAAAGGAUUGGAUUGUGCUAAUACAUAGGGAUUUUGAAUAGGAUACUCAUACUCUACUGAGAGAACUUCUGAGAGUCAUAGAUUGAGAGCUGAAACCAACUUCAGGUCAGCAAACAGGCUAAAGAGGCUUAAACUAAGCCUUUCCUUAUUCAUUUAGAUGCUUAUUUCAUUUUGUUUGCUCUAAACAAAAUGGAGAUGGAUUUUUUUUACUAAAGAUCAUUUAUGGGGUGCUUUAGGUAUACAGUACUAGUGAAAAGACCUAUGAGCUAGAUGCUCAUUUGGACAUCUUAAGUUCCAGGCAUAAUUCUAUAAAUCCAUAUUGUUCCCUGAAUUCGUUUUCUUUUGGGGGGGGUCCAGUUUUCUUCAUAUACACUUCUUGCUUCUGGUAUUGAACAAUAGUGGAUUCAAGUGGGUAUUGAGGGAACUGUGAAACAGACAAAUAUGACAAUUGAAAUGACAUGGAUGGAAGUAUUUGUAAAUUUUAACUUCCCCUACAACUAAUCAUUUUUGGAAAAUGUGGGAGAGGAAGAAGAGCAUUGUGGCAUAUUAAGACCUAUGCACAAGGAAGGCUGGGAUAGGAUUUUGUCCUUGAAUCCCCAGUGCUUAGCAUAGUGUCUGAUGUUUAAUAGGAGAUGCAUACUUGUUGACUGAUUGCCCUUAAAAUGAAUUCAAGAAAUUUUUGAGCACCUAUGUGCUUAUCUCUGUUAGGCCCUGUGGAUACUUAAAGGAAGUAUGAAAUAUGGUUCCCGCCCUUCAGGAAUUUACAAUUAUUUAGAGUCAAGACUAAGAAAACCUGUGAAGAUGCAUGGCUACAUUAUGAUUGAGGCUAGUGAGGGUGUAGAGAGGAUCAAUACAAUUGUUUCUGCCUUCUGGAAAAAGCUGAACCUGGCUUUGAUUGGGUGACCAGAGAAACUCCUGAAGUGACUGGGGGAAAAGAGGGCAAUUUUGAGAUUGAGAGUCUAGGGGAGAGAGAGAGUGAGUGUGAGUGUGAGUGUGUGAGAGAGAGAGAGAACAGGGCAGAGAGACAGAGACUCUGCCGGAAUGUGCUGACAUCAUGAUUAAUUUAUCAGGUGCUUAUGAAUAUGCAGAUGGAGGCUCCAGUUUCUAAGCGCCUGUUUCAGAGAGGCCGAGCUGGGACUGGGACUAUUGCUACCAUCUAGGUUGUUAGGGAAAAUGUAGCUAGAAGAGUCAUUGCAAAACCUCUCCUUUAUCCUCAAACACAUGACCAAGACCCCAAACACUGCUACCUUAUCCUGUCUUCCCCUCAAUCCCUCUGUCAGAGACCAUUGCUGGAGAAGGGAGUCCCCUUUAGGUAGAAGUGGCCUCCAAAGUGAAUGAUUAAGAGUGGGGGGGGGGGGAGGGAAGGGGGAGAAUGUUCUGAGGGGGAAGAUGGGACAUCUAUGUAGAACAUAAUAUGUUCCUUAAGUUCCAGACUUUGGCCAUGAAUCCAGAAGAAUAGGCUAAGACAACAGCUGGCUCUGUUUAAUGAGUUGGGAAGAGAAAUUGUAGGAUGUUCACAGGAAGGUUAUAGGUGAAUGGGAAGACCUCUUAUCAACAAGCAUUUUUUAAGCACCUAUUGGAUGCCAGGCAUUUUAUAUGUGUGUGACACACACACAUGUAUAUGUAUAUUCAUCCCCACAUAUACAUAUGUAUAUGUAUACGCACAUAAAUGCAAGAUAAUUUCUGGGGAAGAUACUAACAUCUGGAAAAACUGGGGUAAACUUCCUAUAAAGGUAACAUCUGAGCCAAGCUUUGAAGGAAACUAGUGGAGUGCAUUCUAGAUAUGGGGGGUGAGAGAGGAUAGGAUGGGUGAAGAACCUAUAUAAGGGCAGAGGGACUCUAUUCCAAUAUUUUUUAUCUUUUCACUAAUAGCUACUAUAAUACUACCAUAUAAUCCCUCUUCUUGCAUAUUAUAGUUAAUCUAAAUUAAUUGAGACAGGGAAGGAAAAUUGUUAAUUGAAUUUUCUAAGGACUUCAAUUGAAAAGGCAUUAAGUGCAGACUGUGUACUGAGGACACAGACAAAAACAAGUUAUUUCCCUUAACCAGCUUAUAUUUUACUGAGGGAUACAAUAAGUUUGUGCAUAGGUAAGUAAAACUUGAAGGAAGAUAAGGAUUUAGAAAGGUAGAGAUGAAGUGGGGAGGGAAGUAUCUCCCAGGCAUGAAGAAUUAAGCAGAAAUACUUAUCAUAGACUCCUAACCACAUUAGGAGUCUGAUAAAUUUGGACAUUCCUUGGAUUGGAAAAAAUCUUAGAAAUUAUCUUGUUCAGUGCCUUCAUUCUGCAAAUAAGAAAAUAGAGAAAUGAAUUAUGAUUUAUGUUGCUUGUUAACUUCACUGAUUUGUGAAGUGAUUUGCUUAAGGCUUAUACAGUGAAUGCUCUUUCUGCCCACACCAUACUUCUUUGUUAGUUCAGCUUUUGAGUACGAAAACAUUUACAAAAUGGAUUUGUUAGAUGCUUGUUGAUAGUACUUAUCUUUCCUGUGUAUUUCUUCCCAACUCUUUAAAAUAUAGCAGGGCCAAGUAUUGCCUUAGUCCAUUUUAGUAGAGUCUAUUUAAUUUGAUGUUACCUUUACAAACAUUAUCUUGAAGAUCUUCUGGUCUGGGAUAGUUGAUGAUAGUGGUGGGAAUCAUAAGAUUCAGAGUUAGAAGGGGCCUUGGAAAAUCCUUAAUGUACACUCAAUUUACAGAUAAUGAAAUUGAGUUCCAGAGAGUUUACUCUAAGUCCAUUAGAUUGUGAGCUCCUUGUGGACAGGGACUGUCUUUUGCCUCUUUUUGUAUUUCCAGUAUUUAACACUGUAUUUAUAUUUAUAUAUAUAUUUAAACCUCUCUCCCCUCCACUGUGUGUCUCUAAUCUCUCUCUGACUGUCUCUCUCUGUGUGUGUCUUUAACUUUCAAUCACUUCUGAAGGUCACAUGUCUUUCUCUCCUUUUCCUAUGAUCUUUUAGUUUUCUUUCCUCAUUUCCCCAUUUCCCUGCACCCCAGACAGUAAUCCUUGUUUGUUUUAAGACUUCCACCUAAUGCCCCCAUCCCUCUCUGGGCUUCUUUCCAUGUUUGUCUGCCUUUGUUUCUUUCAUUCUAGUCAGAACAGCCUAUUCCCUAUGGCAGAGGCACAACAUUCUCUCGUCAAUUUACUGCUCUUGGUUCACCUCCUCCCAGAAGCCUAAGUAAUCGCCCUUGUUUUGGAGGCUUAAAGGACAACAUAUAUAUUUGGCAAUGCAUUUAACCACUGUAGCAGUCUGGUUGCCUAGAAUAAUGCUUUCAGCCAGGACUGAGCUAGACAGGCUUCUAGUGCCUGGCACAUAGCUGACCCUGAAUAAUUUUAACUGGUUGGUGUGAUUUGCCCAGAGUUUUAAAGGUGGUAAACAGAAGUCAGAAUUUGAAACUAGGUCUUUUGAUCCAGUACCACCACAGCACCUACUGCUUCUCUGGUUCUGAUCAACAAUUUUCCUGAUACAGUACAUGACUCCAGAUCUAUAUAUCCAGCCCUAGUCUCUCUCCUGAGUUUUAGUUCCUUAUCACCACCAGCCUAUUUACAUAUUUUGGAUUGUAUGUCCAAUAAACAUCUCAAGAUCAACCUGCCCAAAACAAAAUUCAUCAUUUAUCCCAAAUUUACUCUCUUCUGAACUUGUGAACACUAUCUGUAGUCAUGCCUGGAAGUCCAAACAACAUCUUCCAAAUGAGGCCUUUUCUAAUCCUUCCAAUUGCUAGUGCCUUUCCCCAAUUAUCUUGAUUUAUAAAUUUAUUUUGUAUAUACUUAUAUAUAUGUUGUCUACCCCAUUACAAUGUGAGCUCCUUUCUGCCUUCAGGAAGGGUCUUAAUUUUUGUAUUGACAUAUCCAAUACCUAGUACAGAACAUAGCACAUAAUGAGUGCUUAAUAUUUAUUAAUCAGUUGAUUUAAUUGGAGAAAAUGUAGGAGAUUGGGCUAAAUGAGUACUGGCUUCAGGAUGCAUCUGGCAGAUGCUUUAAAAAAUAAACCCUGUAUGUGUA